GUUCAGGUUUUCAACCAUCAAAUAACCCAAAAAAAAAAAAAAAACAGAAAACCAAAAACCAAAAAAAAAAAAAAAAGUUUCUGAUUUUUAGAAGAAUGUCACCAUCACAUUUUGCUAUCCUUUUCAUCAUCGUAAUUUCUCUGGUUCCUCUACAUGGAUCUGGAAACACACAACAUCAUAACGCGAACAAGCCAGCUCCAAACGCACAAGCUGUUGACGCAAGCAAAUCAGCUGGAGACAAGACACACAGUUUUGACGCCAACAAGGCAGCUGCAAACGCACAAGCUGUUGACGCGACCAAAUCAGAUGCAAACGGGCAAGGUUUUGACGCGAACAAGUUAGGUUCAUCAGUGUGCCAUCUUGGCAAAUGUCCAAAACACAGAGAAGAAGUGUGUUAUUGCUGUUUCAAUGAUCGUAGCAGGUGUUAUCGUAGUUUAUAUAAGUGUGUGGCUGUCUGCAACCGGCUUGUUCAUUAAAUUAACGACCUUAUACAAACAAUACAGCUACAAGUUUACCUAAAGUAAACAUAUAUAUACAAUAUAAUUAUGCUUAUCGUAAUUUUGUUUAGUGCCAUUGAAAGUUUAAGUAAUUUUAUUUUUCUAUUAAGUUUUCUUAAAAAAUAUUAAUUUAUUUUGAAUAAUAUGUUGUGUAAUAAGAAUUUAUAAAUUAAUUAGUUAAUGAUGAUUUUGUACCAACUAAUGAUAGAUCAUACU